AUGCCCGCUGAGCCUAAGGUAACGAAGGAGAAUGGUAGCAGCUCGGGCAGACCCUAUCGGUCCCAUGCGCAUCCCGCAUGUCUACCUUGUCGGAAACGCAAGUCGCGAUGCCGCACGAGAGAUUCCUCCGCUACGUGUAUGAUGUGUUUGGCUCAUGCAACCGACUGCAUUUUCCCUCCUGCUGAUACCCUCGUCCAAAGGAAGCGAACUGUCAAUUUGCGGCGAAUUGUACCCAAGACAGCUCGAACAGAGCGGCCCUCCACCCCUCGGGUCGUACUCCCAUCACCCAGGACCAACAAAGCUUCCGACACACCACAACUUACGGGACACCACCAGCCAGCUCAGCCUUCCACAGCAUAUUCAGACGGCAAAGUUGCAAGUCUGAUGGACGUGGUCGGCGAUACCGGGGACGACAGCUCUCAUGUCGUCAGCCCAGUCGUUGCUGACGACAGUAGUAUACUAGAAGAAUAUCUGUUCACCGUUCCAGAUAAUCGAAGGCUUUGCUUGAUGCACACCAAUUCAAAACCCAGUCGACUUAUGCGGCAGGUACUGUUCAAUACCAUUCCGAGGCGUCCAUUGGGGGUGUACUCCGGUCAAUCUCUCCCAUCUAUGAAGUGCGAGCUCAUCGAAAAGUACCUCGAGCCUACGGCAAAGGAUGUUGUGAGCCUGCAAGUCAAUGCACGCUAUUGUAGGGGGUUCUUUCAAUAUGCCAAUAUAUGCUUCCCUGUAUUUGACGAGGCGUCGUUUAUGAAUGCCUACUGCACCCGCAAAGAGGAAAUAUCUCCAGCUCUCCUCUGCAAUCUAUAUGCCAACUCCCUUAUCUACUGGGACAAUUCACCCAAGUUAUGCUUAACUCGCACACCCGACAUUCGCUAUAUCUGGAAUCAAGCUAACGAGGCCCUUCAUUCCGAACUUUUCUUGUGCCCUGGUAUAUCAACUGUACUGGCGAUGCUGCUAAACGUCUGCGGUAGACCAAGCACCUCGAUCUUUGGUAAUGGGGGUAUGGUAGGGACGGCGGUAGCCUUAUCCAACGCCUUGGGCUUGAAUCGAGAUCCCUGCCACUGGAACAUCUCUACUCUUGAGAAGGGACUUCGCAUCCGCAUUUGGUGGUUGGUGGUGAUUCAAGAUCGAUGGUGCAGCCUCGCCUACGGAACACCGCUUCAGGUUCAUCGAGCCCAAUACGACGUUCCGUUUCCGACCAUGGAGUAUCUUUGUUCUUCUUCCGCAAUGCUAUCCCAAGAAGCCGCAGCUUCAAUCUUCAUCGCCUUCACAACGUUAACAGAAGUGUUGGGUCAAUACCUUGAAUACAUCUAUCACGUUUCCAGCCCCGUCAGAAAGACGAUCACUUCGCUCUCACACCUGCUCACUAACUGGGAAGACUCCCUCGACAUCAACACCCGCCACAUAAUCCUCCGCGGAACCGACCUAAGCACCCCCGGCGUGGCAAACUUGCGCCUAGCAUACUUAUCCGUGAAGCUCCUGCUCCGACGCAUCGCACUCGACAUGGAUGACGAGCAUACUGAGACUUCCAACUUCGACAAUGGGAAUGAUUCUAACUGUUCCUCCUUCUCAUUUACACAAGUCGAGCGCGCAGCAGAAGAGAUAGUGCAUCUCGUAGGGGAGCUGGACGAGCAGCAGCUACGUGGAUUUUGGGUCCCAGUUCAGGCGUAUUCGCUCACGUCUGCGACGACAUUCCUUCUACGGAGUGGGCUGCGCAGGGUUCAAUUGCAUUCCGCGAAUAGUGACAGCAAUCCACCACUAGAUUUGGCUAAAGAGAUGGUUGCUACACUGCAGUCUCAUCGGCAGCAGUUUCGAUGGGAUCUGGGGGAUGAUUGUUUGGCAAAGUGUGCUGAGCUGGUAGAGAGGGUUGCUUCUCUAGAGAAUGAUGGGAUGAGCUUGUCGUUGAAUGAGGAAUUGUCUGAUCCAUCUCAUAUUCUCGAUAUAGACACAUCGAUUCUGGAUGAGGUGUUUUGGGAUAUGCCGUGUAUGGGGAAUACCCUUAAUUUAUAA